GGCCCCCGUAUCGUGGAGCAAGUGUUUUAUUUCCAAAAUGGCGGAUGGCGUAGUUGAUGUGGACGCAGUUUUAAAAGAAGCGAAAUCUCGCUUUAAGUCAACUGAAGUUGCAAAAAGCGUUGAUCCAGAAGUAGAUGUUGGUAAUCUUCUUCUCUGUGAUCAACAACCUGUUGAUUCGAUUGAAUUCAGAAAAAAGAAAGAGGAUUUUCUGAAGAAUCUAGCACGUGAAAACACACAGCUACUUUUCAACGAGAUUUGGAAACUUCCUACCGAAAGGUUCGAGGGAGUGAUACUCGCUCAGUUGCCAGCACCGACAACAGUUAUACCCAGGGAGAAACCAGUUCCUAAGCCUAAGCCACUUACAAGAUGGGAGGAGUAUGCAAAACUAAAGGGGAUAAAGAAAAAGAAGAGGGAAAGGAAAGUAUGGGAUGAAGAAAAACAGAAAUGGCUUCCCCGGUAUGGCUACGAGAGAGGGAAUGAUAACACCAAAGACUGGUUGGCAGUUGUUCCAGAUAAUGCAGAUCCUUUUGAGGACCAAUUUGAGAAGAGACUGGAAAAGAAGAAAGAGCGAAUAGCUAAGAAUGAGUACCAGAGACUGAGAAACAUUGCAAAGCACAAGAAAGUAAAAGUGGCUGACAGAAAUUUAAAGCCCUCCCUAAAACAAAGUAAAGACCAGAUCAUGGCAGCUAUUGGUGCAACUCGUAAAGCCACUGCAUCGGUUGGAAAAUUUACAGAAAAAUUGGCAAAAGAAAAAGUACCAAAGAAGGCUGAGGGAAGAAAAAGAAAGUUUGAUGCUGUUGCAGGGGAAUAUUCUUCGGAGAAAACCAAAACCCUCGAAGUGGUUGAAAAAAUGCUGAAGAAGGGCCCAGUGCUUGACAUUAACAAAGCCGUCAGUAAAGUGUCUGCCGAACAGCCCAGAGCAAACUUUUCCGCAAAGAAAACUGGAGGGAAGAAAAAAGGCGGGAAAGGCCGGCCACUGUCAACACAGAAGAAAGGCAAGGCUCGACAAGGUGGAGGAAAAGGCGGGAAAAAACCUCGGAAAUGAUAAGAAAUUCAUAUUAGAUUGUUGUAAUGAUUGGCAUCGACCUACGAGGAUGAACAAAUAGGAAGGCUUAAUCCAGAUAGCAAUGGAAAGACUGGAUCAAACAACCAAUACGAAGAAACACAGGGCUGUCUUCCAGUCUCCCGGGUUUGAUCAAACAAAGAAUGGAAUCUUUGGUCAUCAGUGGAGAGAAUUCAAAAAGUAAAUUUAAAAUUCUGUCAAUUCAGAAGUCAUAAUUUAUUCAAUCUUGUCUGGUACUCGAUCUGUCUGACUUCUCUGCUUCUUGGUCCUUUUUGUGAUUUUAUUAAAAAAGCUAGAGUCGCGAGAGAAAACAGCAGGAGUGACACUAUUUGCGGGGGGAGGGGCAGGAUCGAAGCCAGGAAAAUCGAUGGGAAAGAUAUGGGAUCCAGCUGCAUACUACAGAAACAUUUUUGCAUAACGCCAACUGUGUACCAGACAGGGAAACGGUACUGAACUGGUAGUCUACUUGAACAAUUUAGGGUUAUUUUGUAUUAGUUGUGAACAUAAACAAGAUGGGAGAGCAACGGAUCCCAAAUGCUUUUUAUUUGAACUAUCUUUUAUAUGCCACAGAACUUUAUACAAUCAUUUAUCAAUACUAUUAUAGAAUAGUUUAUCACUUUACCUAUAAUUUUUCUGUACAAUGUUUGUGAUGGAGUGAACCAUUGCUUCUUUUUUCGGGAGGUAUUUUAAAAUAUAAAUAACGAUAUGACUACUAUGAAA